AUGGACCUUGAAAGAAUCAUUCGAGACACACUGACACACUUCAUCCAGUCCCACAUCCCUGCAGCAGACCUCAGUGGGAUGGAUGAUGUUUUCUUCUCUUAUAUCACGGGUGUCCUGGAAGAGCUGGGCUCACCAGAGUCCUCUGAGGAGACUUUUGACAUGGACACCUUUCUGGAAAUGAUGGAGGCAUAUAUUCCUGGUUUUGCAGAAAUCCACAGUGGGGAUAUUUGUGAAAUGAUGUUCUCCCUCUCAGAAAGGCUUGGUGAAGCUCGCAGCAAAGAAAAACCUGGCCAAAAGGUUGUGGAAAGCAGGAGCGAAGCACCCUCUGAAGACCUGACCAAGGGCCAGGAGCCUGGAGUUGGAGCCUGCAACGGGGAAGGGCUGUGCACUCUAACAAAUGGAGCCGGGGCCAAGGAAGGCAAUGACUUGAAGGAUGGGGUGGAGCUGCUACUGGAGAUGUUCCCAGCUUGUACUAUGAGCCAGGCAGAGAAGGCACUUGCCAUGGCCUUGGGGAACUUGGAGGAGGCAGUGCAGUUAAUCGUGGACGAGAAGGUGGAAAUUGGCCCAGCAGGUGCGAGUGUGAAGGAACUGGCUCGGCCCCGCAGAGCACCCAACCACGAGGAACUGAAACAGGUUAUCCUACAGAAAUAUAUGAUGGUGGAUAGUGCAGAUGAUCAGAAAACACAUCGGCCAGCCCCGCCCAAAGAGGCUCCCAAGAAGUUGAUCCGCUAUAUAGAUAACCAGGUGGUAAGUACAAAGGGAGAGAGGUACAAAGACAUCAAGAAGCCUGAGAGUGAGGAGAUGAAGAGAACCUACAUCAGCCUCAAACCAGCCAGGAAGUACAAGUUCCACUGACAGCCAGGUCCUCCUGCUCACCAUCCUCCACCUUGGGA